AGAAAUUGUGAUAAUACUCGUCAGACUCUACUGAUGCUCUACUGUAGUCUCACAACAAAAAAUAAGUAGCUUAAAAGGAAAGGCUAAACAAAAGGGCAUUGCGGUUUAAAUAGAAAGUUACAUUACUUUGAAAUAUGAACAUCAGCAAAGUAGUAGAAUGUUUCGUUUGUCAAAAAACUUUCAGUACUUCAUCAAAUUUGAGGAAACAUGCCAAGAAAUUUCAUCCAGAUACAGUUUUAGUAGAAUCAUAUUAUAAAAACAGUAAACAUUUUAAUUUUACAUGUGAAUGUGGAAAAAAUUUUAACCAUAUUCGUCACUUAAAGUCUCACAGAAAAAUUCAUUUAGACCAAAAACAAAAUAACUUUUUGCAGAAAAAGUGUCCCUUGUGUGAUUUUGCGGAUUGCAAGAAAAGUUUAAUGUUAGAACAUUUUCAGAAAGCACAUAGUAUUUUUGUAGAUUCUAAAGAAUACACAUUUUCCAAUAUUGAACAAUUUGAAAAAUGGAAAACUGAUAUAGAAGUUGAGAGUCAUAGUAGAUAUAUCAGAAAAGCAAAAUGUAAUGAGUCUAAUAUUAGUUACUAUUGUUGUCACCGUUCUGGGAACUAUACACCUAAUGACGAUAGAGUCAGGCGCUUAAAAGGACAAGGAUCCAGAAAAAUAAAUGCUUAUUGCCCAGCAGGUAUGAAACUAAUUCAAAACUCUAACGGAGACUGCAAAGUUGUGUUUAUUGAAACACACCUAGGGCAUGACUUAGAUUUGGAGCAUCUUCAACUUACGCAUUUAGAAAGAAAAGAUCUGGCAAUUAAAAUUGCUUCUGGGAUGGACUUUGAUGAAAUUAUACAGGAAAUUAAGGAAUCAGCAUACCCAGAUAGUACUAAACGAUUACAUCUCAUAACCAAAAAAGAUCUAAGAAAUAUUGAAGCAUGCUUUAAUCGCUCUUCUGCAGUAGUUGUAAAAAAUAAAGAGAAUAUAAAUAAAAUGAAAGGAGAAAAACAAAGUUGUCUUGAUCUGGAAGAAACCAAAAUAGAUGCUGUAGAACUUCAGAAUAUCAAAACCAAUGAGCAUUUAGAUGAAACCAAAGAACACAUUUUAAAAGAAUUUUCUGACUACAUCAGUAAAGUAAAUUCAAUAGUAGAAUUAGAAAGAUUAAAAUUUGUGUUAAAAUCACAUUAUGACUCUUUCGUAUCUAUUAAAUAAAUUGUAUUAUUGUAUUAU